AUGGCAAAUGGUUUACAAAACUUGGAGGAGAACCCCUCAGGUUGUAAGGCUUGCUUUAAGUCCGUAGCUGAUGGAAUUCUUAUGAAGUUCAAAGCUUGGAUAGAAAAUAAGAGUGGCUGCAAGAUUCAGGUCAUUAGGUUAGAUAAUGGAACUGAAUAUACCUCGGAUAUGUUCAAUUCUUGUUGUGAAGAAGCUGGAAUUGAGCACCAGCUUACUGUCCCUUAUUCUCCACAACAAAAUGGAACUGCCUAUGCGGUUAAGAGAGAAAAUCUAGAUAAGAAGGCAGAUUUGAGAAUCUUCAUUGGCUAUAGCUUAUUUUCUGAAGCUUAUAGGAUCUUUCAACCUCAAUCAAACAAGAUUAUGGUAAGUAGAGACGUUCAACUCCUUAAAGAUGAGCAAUGGGAAUGGAAUGAGGAGUCUCAAGUUAAAAACCAUAAUUCACAACUUGAUUAUGAUGACUUGGUGGAUGAUCAACCUAUUAGGGGAACAAGGUCACUCUCUGAUAUUUAUGAGAGAUGCAAUGUUGUUGUUUUUGAACCUGCAGGGUAUGAGGAAGAAAAAAUGGAUCAAAAUUUGACAAAUGCAAUGAAGGAGGAGCUGACCGUGAUAGAAAAGAACCAAACUUGGAAGCUCGUGGAAAGACCCUAA